GCGUGGCCAGCACAGGGGUGCAGGGGAGCUGGCAGCAUCGAGUGACCAGGCCCAUGUUACCCGCCCACGAGAGUUCCUUCCAACCCGCCCAGUUCCUAUUGCUGGUGGGGGUGCCAGUGGCCAGUGCCCUCCUUCUGGCCCAGUGCCUUCGAUGCCACUGUCCUCGCUGGCUGCAGAGGACCUUCUGGAAUCUGGAUAGCCAAGAUGAGUCUGUGUCCCAGCCCACUCCCCCACCAGAAAAUGAGUCCCCAAGGCAGAGCCUGCCAGCCACACUGCCAGAAAUGGCCGCCUUCUACCAGGAGCUGCACACCCCCACCCAAGGCCAGACCAUCAUCCGAGAGCUGAUGAACAAACUGUUGGUGUUUUCGGCCCGAGAGGUGGAUCACCGGGGCGGCUGCCUGAUACUCCAGGAUACCGGCAUCUCCCUGCUCAUCCCACCAGGUGCUGUGGCUGUGGGCCGCCAGGAGCGGGUGUCCCUGAUCCUGGUGUGGGACCUGUCAGAUGCCCCGUCACUGUCCCACGCCCAGGGGCUGGUGAGCCCGGUGGUGGCAUGUGGCCCUCAUGGGGCCUCCUUCCUGAAGCCCUGCACUCUCACGUUCAAGCACUGUGCCCAGCAGCCCAGCCAGGCCCGCACCUAUAGCAGCAACACCACCCUGCUCGAUGCCAAGGCCUGGAAGCCCCUGGGCCGGUCGGGGGCCCACACCUCCCGGGACGAGUGUCGCAUCCAGCUCUCCCACUUCAGCCUCUACACCUGCGUGCUGGAAGCGCCUGCAGGCCAGGAAGCCCGCAAAUGGCUGCAGCUGGCUCUGUUUUGCUCCCCGCUGGCACCAGGCCAGUCCCACGUGCAGCUGCGCGUCUACUUCCUCAACAACACGCCCUGCGCCCUGCAGUGGGCUUUGACCAACGAGCAGCCCCAUGGCGGGCGCCUGCGUGGGCCCUGCCAGCUCUUCGACUUCACUGGGGCCCGAGGGGACCAGUACCUGAAGCUCAAGUAUAUCUCUGAUGGUUGGGAGAAUGUGGAUGACAGCAGUUCCCAGCUCGUUCCCCAUCUUCACAUCUGGCAUGGAAAGUGCCCCUUCCGCUCCUUCUGCUUCCGGAGAAAAGCAGCCAGUGAGAAUGAAGACUGCUCGACACUAACCAAUGAGAUCAUUGUCACCAUGCACACCUUUCAGGAUGGCUUGGAGACGAAGUAUAUGGAAAUCCUCAGAUUCCAGGUAUCAGAAGAGGAAUCCUGGGCCGUGCCACCCCCUGUCUCCCAGCCAGCCUCAUGCAACAGGCUGCCCCCUGAGCUCUUUGAGCAGCUGCAGAUGUUGUUGGAGCCAAACAGCAUUUCAGGCAAUGACUGGCGCCGACUGGCCUCCCACCUGGGGCUCUGUGGCAUGAAAAUCCGGUUCCUGUCCUGCCAGCGCAGCCCAGCAGCUGCCAUCCUGGAGCUGUUUGAGGAGCAGAACGGCAGCUUGCAGGAGCUGCACUACCUCAUGACCAUGAUGGAGCGGCUGGACUGUGCCUCCGUCAUCCAGAACUACCUGAGUGGGAGCAGCCCAGCCCCAGUCCACAGGCUGGCCCUGGAGAACCAGGCCCUAGAACUGGACGAGAAGUUCUGAGCAUCCCCUGGGCUGAUGCCAGGCAGUGUGGGAUGCUGUUUGAAGGACACUGGGCACUGGGAGGCUGUGGUAUUUGCUCCAACACAGAAGAAUACAGCAGCUGGCUCUGUUCAACAAUAUUGUCAGAACCCUUGACAGAUGUCUGGGGUCACUGGUGAGGCUGGAGUGCCUUUGCCAGCCUUCCCUGGUCAGGACCAUCCUUACAACCAGCUUUGUCCUGCAUAUAGUGUAGAUCCCCUCCUGGCCGGCAGGAGGCGCAGGAGCCUAGGAGAUGGCUACAGCAUAGCGUCCAGCCUCCCGGAAGCUAUUUGUUUUUUGUUUUUUUGUUUUUUUUUUUUUUGAUAGACCAAAGG